CAAUUUUUCAACUAUUUGAUAUAACUUUUUGGUAACGAAUCUGUAGUUUGAUUAAGUUUAACUCCACUUAUUUGGUGAUUAAUUUAAAAAAAGUUACCAACUGUUUAGGAACCUCCUUUCAUUCAUUAUUUUAUGGUCUCAGGCACACUGCAGAGUGAUACUAGUGUCGUAUUUCCACGAGGGUAUCUCCGAGUGGAUGGUUGAAGCUUCUCCAUCGUUGCGAGAGGUGUUGCAGCAGCUAUCAGAGCUGUAUGCUGUAUAUUGGGCGUUGGAGAAACAGGCUGAUUUGUUGAAGUACACGUGCAUGUCGUGCGGCGACGCGCGGCGGCUGCAGGCGCGCUACGAGCGGGCGCUGCGCGCGCUGCGGCGCCACGCGGUGCCGCUCGUCGACGCCUUCGCCAUACGGGACGAGAUGCUGCAAUCAACUCUGGGCUCGUACGACGGUCGCGUGUACGAGCGUCUGAUGGAGGAAGCCCUCAAGAGUCCAUUAAAUAAAGACAGUGUGAAUCCCACAUUUCACAAAUACCUCAAACCGUUCAUGAGGGCAAACCUGUGAUAUUAGCGGAAAUAGGCUAUUUGAAAACUUUUUUUAAUUUUAUAAAUAAAUAGUCCAUUAAUAUCUGAGAAGUAAUGUAGAAGUAACAGCAUGUCUGCGUCAUUAAUAAUUUCGGAGAUUUGGUGCUGUGUUUGUAGAACUGCUGCUACUUGGCCGAAAAUACUCCAUACAAAUUCAAGGCACUAAGUGACGUCACACGGUGCUACGGUAGCGAAAAACAUAGGGCGUCUGGGCAAUAUUUGUAAUAUCUUUGUUAUUUGUGCGUUUAUGUUUAUAGCUUGUAGUAAAAGUUGUAACGUUUUAUGUAACUAAUUUAAUGCCAUAUGUAUUUAAGUACAUUAUUCCUUCUUUUGCAAGUUUCGAAAAGAUUUUUUUAAGAAUUAAAUAAGUUAAAAUAGUUCAUAUAUCGCACACCUAGAUCUAAACUGAGACAACUCAAAAAUUUUAGUGAUUUAUGUAU